GUUCAAUCUCACUUUGUUAUCCUCAUUUUUUAAGGAUUGGUCUGGUUUCGUAACCAAACAUGCCCAAUAGGUCAUUUGCUAUAGCAGGGGGUGUUUGGCUUCAGCGCCGAAGGAGAUGCGCUAAAGAUGAGCAGCAGUAGGAGAGGGCAGCCACCAAAGCACCAAAACACGUACGCCUGGAAACCCAACGCCGGUCGCAAGAUCAACGAAACCGAGGUGGGAGGCAAGUUCAGGCCGUACUCGGAGAUUACCGGAGUGUGCUCUCGCUGUAAAGAUCAAAUCGACUGGAAACGCAAGUACGGCAAAUACAAACCCCUCAUCGAGCCCGCCAAAUGCCAACGAUGUUCUAAACGAACCGUUCGUCAGGCUUAUCACAAUCUAUGUCCUGCUUGUGCUAAGGAGCAAAAUGUCUGUGCAAAGUGUUCGUGCCAAGUUGGGCGGAUAAUUGGGAGAGAUAGUUCAGAAGUGGAGGCUGAGCAAAAGACACUUGAGGAGGCCAUUAAGAAUGCUCGAGAGAGGGAUAGAAGAACUCUACUACGAGCUAUGAACAAAGGAAAGACUAAUUCAGCUAAAACGCCUGUCAACAACGAAAGCAAAGCUGGGGAAUUGUUGGCAGUUUCCUCACUUGAGAAAUUCACAGAAUUAAGCAGGGAUGAUGAGAAGAAGGAGGAGGAGGAUGAUGAUGAUGAUGAUGAAGAAGAAGAAGAAGAAGAAGAAGAAGAUGAUGAGGACCAAAUUAUUAACUGAAAGGGGGCCUGAAAAAUAAUUCAAGUGCAAUUUUUGGUAUGUGAUGCUCCAACCAACACCCUUCAUACUUGUUCGGUACAGAUUAAGCUUUUGUUGCCUCUGUAUUGACAGUCACGACAAAUUUCAUGCUGAUAUAAAAAAUAGGAGUCUUUUUUUUGUUUUUUUUUUUUUGGGGAGGGGGGGGGGGGGG